UGGAGGUGUAGGUUUGGAGGAUAGUGGGUGGAAGGCGUUGGCGGAUAUCGGCACAGCUUUGGGUUGUGGUGUUUAUUAGAGAUCACUGUGGGGCUCCAGUUGAAGGUGUUGUCAAGUUCUGACAGUGACUUACUUAAGCUAGUUUAUACUGGAUCGCGUUGUAGUUUUUUCCAACGAAAGACCGCAAACAAUUUCGCAGUGGUUGGGUUGGAGACUGAUUGUCGGGAGUUACACUGCGGAGCAGGAACGUUGAAGGAAGGUUCAGGUUUGUUCAGGGUUAGGAGGUUGGUGUGUGUGUGUGUUGAGGAGAGGGGACCAACAUUCGACAAGGGAGAGCGGAGUUGUCGUUGAAUAGAGCGUUUGGCGGAUACUAGUCAGUCCGUGUGGUUAAACACUUGAUUAAAAGCAUCAACGAUUUCGGCCAGCCCCGCUUACCGUGUUCGGUUCUCCAUCUCGAUUCUCUCUUUCGUGAUCGACUUGUGUCUGUGAACCGUCUUCAUUGAACCAAUCAAACUGGAAAUUUCGACGAGCGGAGGUUUUGUGAUCUUAAAUUACGUCCGUUAUAGCCGUCGAACUUGCGGUGGCGAGGUCUGUAGCUUGGUGAGAGCUUCCACUGCCUGCCAUCCUGGGAAUGCUGUGAUUGUGAAUUCCAAUCCACAUUCGUGCUACAUUGGUCAAGAAGAGAAGUGCGCGAGAAGUAGCGUUGGAAGUAACUUUGAAAGGCAUCGACGAUUCCGGCACGUCCUAUCGUCAAUCUGGCUUACCCUGCUGUUAGCUCAACGACACGGAUGACUAUGACGAGAGAGAAACGGCCGCUUGAUAGAGAUGCCUUUACAGAAGGCAUGCCUGAUGAGAAACGCCCUCGGCUUGCGAGUGUUAUAGUGGAGGCAGUGAAAAUGGACAGUUUACAGAAACUGUGCUCAACUUUGGAGCCCCUACUUCGGCGAGUGGUUGGAGAGGAAGUUGAGCGUGCACUUUCAAAGUUCGUCGCUCCUAAAGUGGGAAUUCGGUCGUCACCGAAAAGGAUACAAGGUCCAGACCAACAAAAUUUGCGCUUACAAUUUAGGAACAAGUUAGCUCUUCCUCUCUUUACCGGAAGUAAAGUCGAGGGGGAGCAAGGUUCUGCGAUACAUGUGGUCUUACAGCAUGCCGGCACUGGCCAAGUUGUUACCACUGGUCCUGAAGCCUCAGCCAAACUGGACAUCGUAGUUUUAGAGGGUGAUUUCACAGCUGAGGAUGAGGAUGAUUGGACUCAGGAAGAGUUUGAAAACUGUGAGGUUAGGGAGCGAGAUGGGAAAAGGCCUCUUCUCACUGGAGAUCUUAGCGUGUCUCUAAAGGAUGGAGUGGGGACUUUGGGAGAGCUAACGUUUACGGAUAACUCUAGUUGGAUUCGAAGUCGCAAGUUUCGAUUGGGCGUGAAAAUUUCAUCCGGUUAUUGUGAGGGUCUGCGAAUUCGAGAAGCUAAGACCGAGGCCUUCACUGUGAAGGAUCAUCGAGGAGAACUCUACAAGAAGCACUAUCCGCCUGCUUUAAAUGACGAGGUUUGGCGAUUGGACAAGAUUGGAAAAGACGGUGCUUUCCACAAACGUCUAAAUCAAGCAAGUAUCUUGACUGUUGAAGACUUUCUGCGCUUGGUGGUCAUGGACCCUCAAAGGCUGCGUAACAUAUUGGGAAAUGGUAUGUCGAACAAAAUGUGGGAGGGCACCGUGGAGCAUGCAAAAACUUGCGUUUUGAGUGGAAAAUUGCAUGUGUACUACGCGGACGACAAACAGAAUAUUGGCGUUAUAUUCAAUAAUAUUUUUCAGCUCAUGGGGCUCAUUGCUGAUGGGUCAUAUAUGUCCGUGGAUUCCCUCUCUGAUAGCGAGAAGGUGUAUGUGGACAAACUGGUAAAAGUAGCAUAUGAAAACUGGGAGAAUGUGGUAGAGUACGAUGGCGAGGCCCUAAUUGGUGUAAAGACGUAUCAAGCCAAAGGUUUCGAUACUCGAAUUGAGGACCCUCUUGGUGGCCGUAACAUAUCCAAUAUGCACCCGCAAGGUAGUGCGGGUAAUGGAGGACCAGGGUCUCUUUCGUAUGGACAGGAACAACGAAGAAUGACUUCACGAUCUUUUGCUGGUCUCAGUCAGAUGCCUGACAACCACAGCAUCUCGGGGCCCGUUCUGCAGAUGAACAGCAGCAUUGACAACCACCAUCAAACCGUCGCCGGAUCUUCUCCUAAUAACUUGCUUAUGGGAGGAGGGCAUACCGGACUAACUGGACUAGCACUAGGUCCUCCACAGAGUAGCGUGACUGCCUCGAGGUCUGACAUGACUGGCUUAGCCCCUCCCGCGUCCAUGAUGAAUGUUCCAUCCGGUGCUAACGAUUGGCAGCAGCUUGGUCGACGGGAUUUUAAGCGACAGGAGAGUUUUGGACUGAGAUUCCCAGGUAACGGCAAUUCGUUUGGUGAGGACAUCACCGAGGAUGAGCUUCGCGCGCGAAGCAUGGAGCUUCUAGAGAACGAGGAUAUGCACACACAGAUACAGCAGCUGCUGCGCAUGUUUAAUGGACAGGUAGGGGACAUUCCGCUCAGUCCAUAUGGCCCUGUUCCAGAGGAUGAUGCUUUUCCAUUUGUUGGGUUACCUGGGGAUGAGGAUGUGGGUGGGUUCAAACCCCCCCGAGCCAAUGGCAAGGCCUACGUGGGAUGGUUGAAGCUGAAAGCCGCUUUGCACUGGGGCAUUUUCAUCCGGAAACGGGCAGCUGCAAGGAGGGCUCAGCUGGACGAGGUUGAUGAGGAGUCAUGACAUUGUUCAGAUUUAAGUAUUUAGUAGGAUUCAUUCUUUCAAGGCGUGAGGUUCCUUUUUGUCAUCAUCAGCUUGUCUUGCUUCUGAUCACUUCUUCCAUCGUUAUUUUGGAGCCUUUUUAGCCGCUUCCAAUGGAUCGUCUGUGUAAGUCUUCUGGAAAUGAUGCACUUCUCGAGGAUAGCAGACCGCUUGCAGACAUUACCGAGAGCUAUGCUCUGUAUAUUAGUGCAGUACUACACUUGAAUUGUAUCUAUCUCCGCGUUUGCGAAGAUAUUGCUUAAAUUCAGGGUAGUCGGAUAUAGUUUAGUGAUGCAGGAGGGUUUACGUACUUGGUAGUUCAGUUUAGUAUAUUGAAGAUUUUUAUUUUUUUAUUUUUUUAUUUUUUGUGAUUUUUGCCGCUUGUGUGGCUGCCUAUGUUUGAUAUAGAUGACUAGCAGCGAUAUCUACUGCUGAUGAUCUCCAGAUGUAGUUUUGUAGAUAAAAGGAUUCUUCUUCUUCUUGUGGGAGUUUUUUCUUUUUCUUUUUCUUUUGCUGUAACGUCGCAUUUUUCCUCCCUUCGUGUUGGAUUAGGUCUCAGCAAAGAACGGAAGGCCAGGUUGAAGACUGGAUGUUCACUAUGCUUCUCACUGAACAAUUUAGCUUCGAACUUGUGGUUGUCGAUUGCUCACUAAUAUGUAGGCCAUGCUUCCACAAUAGGGUUAGGAAGCGAAUUAAUUUCGUAGUCUUUACUUUUUUUCUUACACUGUAAUGUACAAUUUCACUAGUCUAAUAUUAAUGCUAUUUUACCAGGGAAGACUGAAUAUCAGGUCUUCUUAUUUUAUCA